CCGCGCAGCGAUUGUAAAAUUGACAGACGCCUCGACUCGACACGGAACGGAGUCCAUUUUCGCAGAGUGCAUUUUCUGGCCGAGCAGAGGAAAAUAAACAAAAUAACAGCGUUAAAAUCGGUGUCGGUGCAACUGUUCCGGGUUGAUCUGUGGAAUUUCGGUGUGUUUGUUUCGGGCGUGUGAAUCUCGGGGCUGGAACCUGUCCUCGUGUGUUUCGGGACCCGCUGCCGCUAUCGAUUUUCGCCACGGAAGCCAUCACGGUUUUGAAUUUCUCCACCGACCAUGUCCCGCAGCGUGAGGGCCGAAACCCGGGCCAGCAAAAAGGACGAUGUGAAGAAGUUUAUGCUCUCGAUGGACCGCGUCCGGCGCUGGGAGAAAAAGUGGGUCACAAUCGGCGAAACGUCCAUGAAGAUCUACAAAUGGGUACCGAUCUCCAGCAAGGAAAACAAAAAGGGCCAGCAGGUGCUCGGCCAUGGCGGGGGUGUGACGACGAACGGUACGAGCGGGGGAGGAGCGGCCACGGUCCCGAACGCGGCCACCGUCAACAGCAACAGUAACAGCAAUAGCAGCGAAAAUAAGGAAAACAGCCGGAAACCGGGCGGCACCGAUUCGAACUCCAACUCGAACUUUGCCCUCACAACCGAGGACUCCAACACCUGCUUCUCCCUCGUCAGCGACUCCCAGGGCGCGACCGAGUUCGUGUCGAACAUGCCAUUUUCAGAGGACUCCAACUCCCAGGGCUCGGACAGCGCUCCAAAGCGGCUGAAAACGGACUAAGCCGGGGGAGUUUAUCGUUUCCUCCCCCAGUCCCCCCCCCCCAACAAACACACACCCACACACUCUGUUUUGCAAGUAAGUUUCACUCGAUCUAACUUUGGUAUUUAUAUACAGAAGAAAAAACAAGAACGUCGUUCCAAGUUUACGAUUAAUAUUAUAAACAUAGUAGGGAAUCAUUGAUUUGUACAAACAUAACAAAUUAAGAGAAGGAGGUGGCAUCCAUUUUUCAGUCUUAGUAAUUUUAGUUAAGAUUUUUUUUUUCAAUAACUACAAAAACAAAUUGUGUACAAGAUUAUAGGACGAAAUUUUCAAACACACAGUUCUUACCGUCGUGGACAAGUUUUUUUUGCUUAAAACGCAGCUUUCUCAUCGCGUGCUAUUUAUUUUCGAGGCCAACAAUCAUUACAAAAGCAACAAGUUUUACACAAAAAGAAAGAUAAAACACUUCUGCUCCGGAAACCUCUCUCAGCACAACAGUAGCGUAAGGUUUUGCCUAGUUUUAUCGUAUAGUUCGCGCCGGGUCGUCUCGUACAGCGGCUGCCAGGCGUUGCUCUUGAUGUUAAGAUUAUUAGCAGCAUUUUCCACAUAUUUUAGAAUAAACUUCAAAAACCUGCGAAUAAUACAAACAAAAAAAUGUAUGAACUGUAAA